CCCUCAAACCACCCCACCCACCGCGGCCUCUCCCCGCUCUCAUUCUUUCUCCCUCGGCCCGCCCGAGCGCACGAACACGGUCCAUGCGUGCGAAUUGACUCGCGCGCACACGCCACUCACUCUCUCAGUCAGUCGCUCCCGUCUGCAUCGUUAGCUCGGCCCCUAGCUCGUCAGCUACAGUGCCGCCCUUCGCCUCUGAGCCCGGCGCGGCGGGCGCUGCGUCAGCGUGCACGAGAUCUGGUCGACCUAUCACCCGCGCGUGUCCAUGGGCUGGCCGAGCAGCGGCCGCGGCCGUCGUCUCAGCCUCUCCGCCGCGCUCCUCCUCCUCCUCUUGGCCUCUGCUCUCGGGACGUGCACGUCGGCGACGGGGAGAGGCAGGGCGGAGGAGGAGGACUACUCCUGGGACCCGGUGACGAAGGCGGCGCGUCGGAGGCUGGUGGGGCCAGGGUCGUCGCCGCCGACGUGCCGCAGCCGGUGCCGAGGCUGCCACCCGUGCCGGCCGGUGCACGUCGCCAUCCAGCCCGGCCGGAGCUUCCUCCUGGAGUACUACCCGGAGGCCUGGCGCUGCAAGUGCGGCAACAAGCUCUUCAUGCCCUGACCGACCGGCAACUCUCCCUACGCACAUACUGAGAUGCUUCGCUCACUGAAACUAAGCUAGCUACCAAGCUCUUCAUGGCAACUGGGUCACCAUGGCUGGUGGCUCCACUUUACGCAGGGGGCAGCACUACUACUAGUACUACUGGUGUAGAGAGACAUGGAGAAGCACGGCAAGAAAAGCAGUUCAAUGAGAAGCGGAGACAAGACGAGGAGAUUUACCCAAGAAACAAACCAUGGAUUGAGGGUUCCAUUCUAUCACCUAAUGAUCGGAAGAGCAUUGCUGAGUUCUUGGAGAUUUAUACGAGUGUUAUGUGUUGUAAGUAACUGGUUGUGUGCCGUGUGUACAAAGGGAGAGAUGUCGAUGCCGCCAUUUUGCUGCCCCCCCCCCCCCCCCCAACUUCUGCUUCCUGCUGUUGGUUCUUGACGACGUCCUUUCGGUUCUGGGCUGUACUGAUUUCCCUGCUAUUAUGUGAUCUGUGCUGUGAACUUCUUAACUUUCUGGACAUAGCAUUAAUCAUUUUGUGCUCUUCAAUUGUUCUAGCCA